AUGGCACCACGCGGUGCCAAUUUUACAACAGAAGAAGAUACAACGAUAUGUAGAAUCCAUUUAGCCAUAUCUCAAGAUUCUGCUACCGGAACCGAUCAACCAGAAAGAUUAUUAUGGAGUCGGAUCAAAGCUAAGCUGGAAGAAGCCCUGCCUUGUAAACCGAAACGUACUUGGACUUCUAUCCAGAGUCGAUUUCAGGGAAUAAGUAGAGAGGUUUCACUUUAUUCUGCAAAAGUGUUGGAAGUUGAUGGUGAAUAUCAUAGUGGCUCGAAUGAAGUCUUGAAGGUUGAAGAGAUAAGAAAGCGAUUCAAAGAAAGUAAUGGUAACAAAAAAUUUAAGCACGAAGAGUGCUACGAAAUUCUAAAAGAUAGUAUCAAAUAUUCAGGACGGUCGACGUUUGUGUUUGAUUCAGCCCAACAAAUGGAAGAUUCUCAGAGUGGUGAGGAAAACGCUAAUAUUGAGGAAACAAUUCCAGGCGAGUCCAAUGAUGAUCUAGAUAUUGGAGAUAUAGAGAACACACGUAAGCGUCAGUUGGGGAAGAAAGCAUCGAAACAACUAAAGAAAACAGGGAGAGAAAAAUCCAAUGCCCAGGAGGAAAUGCUAGAGGAUAUAAUUAAGGAGCAACAAAGUUUCAAUGCUCAUUACAAAGCACAAUCACUAAUGAAGAUGAGACAGAGACAAGCUGAGUUUGAAGCAAUACAAGCUAAGUCUUCGGCGAAACAAGCUAUGCAAGAAAAACUCGAUUUAAAGAAAGAAGCGGACGAUGACUUAGCCAUAAUGUUGAAGGAUGUCUCUGCAUUGGACCCUGUAACAAGAGAGUACUUCGAACUUCGAAAGAUGGAAAUACUACAACGCAAAAGAAACCAAUCUUAA